AUGUCCAACAAUGGGAUGAACUAUCCUAUGUACAAUACUUUUCCAUAUCCUCAUAUUGUUCAACAGCAACCUUUCUACAGACAAGACUAUCCACGUCGUUAUUCUCAGCCGCCAAUUACACCAUAUGCCAAUCAGCCAGCGUAUCCUUCGGCGUCGAAUCAAUCACAACAAUACAAUAAUAGUUAUGAUCAUCUCAUUCAAUCUGCUGCUGAAACGCUCGCUGCAUUCACUGCUCCUUCCGAACAACCUGUCAUGAACAGACCUCGAUUGCUUCCGCCGCAAAGAGCUAUUCGUCGGACCGGAAUGAAUUCAACCUACACCCCAAAAGUUCCAACUCGUACCUAUUAUUGUGAAACAUGUCGAAUAGAAUGCGGUGGUCACGCAUCGUACCAAGCACAUAUCCAAGGUGCUAAGCAUAUAAAGAAAGCCGGUAAUUGUCAAACUCAAUCAAAAACAAGCAAUGUGUUUCUUUGCGAACUAUGUGAUAUAACUUGUACAAAUGUCGAUGCUUAUCACGCCCAUCUUGAAGGCAAUAAACAUCAGAAGACUCUGAAAUUACAUUUGAAACUAGGCAAAACUAUCCCUCAACCUACUCCUCUCUCAUCUCUCACUAGUAAUGAAUCUCAAUCUGAAAUAAUCAAUGAAAUCAAACAAUCAGGUUAUAAUAGUAUGCAAUUGUUAGGUGUAGAAUAUAUCGAAACACUGCACGAUGAUACUAACACUAUCAAGUCAUACUAUUGUAAAUUAUGUAAUUGUACAUUUAACGAUGCAAACGCAAGAGAUACACAUUUAAAAGGCAAGCGCCAUCAAUUGUCAUAUAAAAAAAAAGUUGAUCCAAAUCUGAAAAUCGAUGUAAAUAAUCGAACAAAACCAUCGAGUCCAAAGCAUCAAUCAAAUCUUACAGGACAACCCGAUUGUCCACAAGAAUCGAAUUCGCAAAACAGUCAAACAGAAUUCGACGACGACACGAAGUAUCUCAUGAUGUUACAUGAACAGAUUGUACCAUCCGAACACUUACUUGGUAUCAUCGAACGGUUUGUUAGUAAUGUCGAGACGGCGUUGCAAUCAUGUUCGGAGCAACUUUCCGUUUCAUCGAUGUCCACAACAGCGAAUACUCUAGGAACUGUGAUAAACAAAAGUCCAUUGUUAGGUUUUUCUCGUAUUGGUUCAUUUGUGAAGAAUUUACUGAUAAAAACUGAUCGGAUCUUUCAUAUUGUUAUCGUUUGUGUUGAGUGGCCAACGCGAGAACUUAUCGACAAAGUCGUUUCGAUGUUAUCCGAAAUAUGGAAAAAUGAUAAUGGUAUCCAAUGUCAACGAAAUGAAGACGGUAUUCGAGUAUAUACACAUACUAGCGAAGGACAGAUGUGUGUUUCAAUGUCAUUUACAUCGUUUACUAUUUCAACAACGAAUAAUAAAAUGUCGAAUCAGGAUUUAUCAAGAACAAGAUAUUCGACUGAUAUAGAUGCAAUGCAUUCUGUUCGAUGGUUUCAAAAACAAAUUAUCGGACGACAACAUGCAUCAGCUUUGAUACGGUGUUUACUUUAUAAAACAAAAAUCUCAUCCCGAUGGCGAGCAUUGCCAUCUGAAGCCAUUGAAAUUAUCAUUGAUAACGUCCUGAGCAAGUCUACGUCACCUAUCGGAGCAUUUCGACGCGUCCUUGAGUAUCUUGCCGGUGGCUUAGUUUUGUCAAAUGGUCCAGGGAUACGUAAACCAUGGGAAACGGAUGCUAUCAACAAUAUUUGCAGUAAUCUCACGGAUCAGGAGCGUGAAGAUAUUACACAUGAAGCUCAAAAUGGUUUGCGUCUCCUGACAUUCGGUCGGUUAAAUUCAUGGUUUGAACAUUCACACUCGGCAACGACAUCUCUUCAAAAACGUUCGCAUGCUGAUGAUGACAAUCGAAAUCUUGCGAAGCGACAAUGUACUUAA